AUGCCGAUCCGCGGUUUCGACGAUUGGGCUAGCACCCGCGGCCAGACCUUGUCCCUCUCCGCUCUGAAAGGUGCCGUCAUUGGUAUCCAUGCUUCUCACUACCUUGACCUCCAUUUAAACCACCAUGUUACAAAAGAGCCCCUCCUCAUUGCUUUGGGGGGCUUUCCGUUUGCAUUAAAAGCUCAUGUCGAGAGAGAACUCCAAGCACUUAAGAAUGCUGGAAUUUCCUGCAUCUUCGUAUUCGAUGGAUUGGAGAUUGGGAAGCCGGAACCAGACAUUGUAGCUCAGAAUCAGUCUACCCGCGCCUUGGAACAGGCUUGGGAGUAUUAUGACCAGCAGCAGGCGGACCAGGUGGUUGAUGCGUUCAGCAACGCUGGAAGCGCAAAGCCGGAAUCACUCUACAAGUUCCUUCAGAGGAUUUUACUUGCGGAGGGAGUUGAUUUCAUGGUGGCACCAUAUUCUGCAGCCCCUCAGCUCGCCUAUCUUGAGAAAGGUCCCCAGAUCAUCGAUGCGAUCUUCGGGCCAUCAGACCUCUUUCUGUUCGACGUGGAGAAGGUUAUCACUAAACUUGACACGGACCUGUUCCACUUCAACUGGAUUACAAGGCAAACGUGUGCAAAUGAUCUGAACCACUUGAGCAAUGAACAGUUCGCCGACUUUUGUCUCCUCCUUGGCUCUCCCUACCUUCGCACUUUUCCACCUUUCGAAAACCAUCCAUACCCGGGCAAAGCAGUCAACAUUCGCGAUGCGCUCAAUCUAUACAAUAGUGCAGGAAGGAACGCACUCGCCCUCUGCGCCCAGUUCGAAGACGAUCAGCGCGUCCACGAUCUACAGUAUUUAGACCGCUUCAAGCGGACAUUCAUAAUCCUUAAACAUCAUAUUAUCAUGGAUAUCGAUGGCAAAGUAGGGCCAAUGGAUCCUGAGAAUGCGCCCUCUGAUCUGCAUGAAUUGAUCGGACAACGCCUUCCAGAAGAACUUUACUUCUAUAUCUCCAAGGGCAUUCUUGGGCCAAACGUUCCCAAUUGGCUGACAUCCGGUGAAAUUCCAGUCACCCUUCCGCUGGGUACGGAGGAUUCUGACGUCUAUCGCCGCCUUGUCUCCGAUACACUUACCCCUAUCCGAACUCAAUCUCUUUGUUUGCUCUCGAACUCACUACAUCGGUUUUAUCAAACAAAAGCUAUUCAUAUUCGCCCCUGGUACGACAAUAAGUCUGAACGGACUGUCAGCCUGAAAUCGUUGCCAUCAGUGAAGGAGACCAUUGUGUCUUGGAAACUUGGCAAAUUUCAACUCCCAGAUAACUUACAAGAACUUCAGCCGCUCUCCUCAAAAGCUGAGAUUCUUGCCAAUGUCAUGUGGCGGUUCUUACAACUUCGCGGCUACAUUGACGAGAAGCAUCAACUCACUGGAUGGGGUCAGUCGUUAGAGGCUGCUCUGUCCUCAUUAACCUCGUCCGAGAAUUUGGAAGAGCCCACAUUCCUCGCCAUAGAGAUGCUCCGCCUAGGGGUUUUAAAUGCCAAAGACAUGUUUUCGAACAUUUCUGGAGGCCCAAUGCGAGGCACAUCCGAAGAAAAGUCUUUUAAUCUCUUGGUUUCUCGGGUUGCAUCCUUGGGCAAGAUUCGCCACAAGUCCAUCGGAUAUUCGGGCCCGCUAAGCAGACAGCUUUUGUCAUUCCAUUCAUUAAUUUACGCGGUUCGCUCGAGUCUCCGCGAUUUAAUAGAGGUUGUUCUUGCUGGCCUUCUUCUUAGCGGAGAAGCAGAACGUGACCGCAAUGAUUGGUCUAGCUUGAGUCUUAGCCUACCUUUCAUUGACGAUAAUGAUUGCGGCCUGGGAAUUGCAGUGCGCACAUAUCUCGACGAUUUACCGCAACAGAAUGAGCCUACGUCACAGACUGUAAGGGCCGAGGUCAAGGCUAAAGGAAAAGAAUGGUUUCAACAUAGUCACAGCUUCGAGGGAAACUUAGGCGUGGCUUUUCAGCUUUGGGACGCCGUUUGCAAAGCCGCCCGAAAUACUCCAUCAAAGGAAGUUCCGGGUGCGAAGAUUUGGGAGGACACGAAUAAAUGGCUUGAAGAACGACGGUAA